AUGGUCAAAAACCCUUUCUCGUUCCGGUCAGCCCCGGUCACCUUCUGGACGACCGUCACAUACCUUGCCCUCCUCAUACCUAUCAUCAUCAUUAAUGAGGGAACGCCACCAGCACCGAGCGAGGAAUCCCCGAUCCGCGGCACCAAUCUCACCCAAGCGUGGCUCGACCUCAGCACACUCACCCGGGGUUACCAUCCAUACAACAGUCACUACAAUGACGACCUUCGUGGGUCUGGUUCAGACAACUCGGAGGCUGCUGUCACCGUGUUCGACGACCUGAGCUCCAACUGCACCUUCCUCAUGUCGUCGGGUGUCGCCCCAGCUCCCAACACGCCCCAAGUUGCCGCGUACUUUGAGGGCACCAACAUCCUUGUUUACAUCAGGGGUAAAUCCGAUGACCAAGGCAGGUGGUGGGACACGGCAGCCGUUCACGAUUCUAAACAAAACGAGAAAGGCUUGACGCUGUACUUCACACGCUCCGAGAACCAGCCAGAGAGGGGCAUUGUUGUCAUGCUCAACAACGGCGAGGAAGACUACCUUUACGGCGCUCGAGCCCUCGGGCAGCAUCCCUUGAACCCAUACAUCCACACCUUUUUGAACCUCGAGGGAGCUGGUGCCGGUGGCCGAGCCAUCCUUUUCCGCACCACUGACCGUGAGGUAACCGCCGCCUACGCCGGGUCUCCCGACCCCUUCGGUACCGUCAUCGGCUCCGAUGCGUUCGGCCUCGGUUUUAUUAGGAGCGGUACUGACUACUCGGUUCUCUACGACGUCUUCGGCCAGCGCGGCCUUGAUUUGGCCUUCUUCAAGCCACGCGCGAGGUACCAUACCGACCAAGAUGACGCUCGCCACGCAUCCAAGGGCAGCUUAUGGCACAUGUUGUCGGCCUCCAUUCACACAGCGACUCGGCUGUCGAGUGAUACUGGCGAUACCUUCAUCGGGCCCCGCUCCGAUGGCGCGUCCGGAAAGGUUCACAACGGCAGCCCGAGUGACGGAGUGUGGUUUGAUCUUUUCGGCAAGGGAUUUGUGCUCUUUGGCCUCAGGGGAAUGUUUGCUUGGUCGUUGACUGUGCUUAUUGCCACGCCGCUUAUCUUGAUGCUGCUCAGCUACCUGCUACAUAGGGCGGAUAAGUAUUACCUGUUUAGCUCGAGCGUCAAGCCCGGUGACCAGCCCGACGAUGAAGCCUUGCCGGUUGGCGGAUGGAAGGGCUUCUUCCGGUUUCCGUUUGCGCUUGUGGUCGCCGGCUCUCUAACCAUUGGAGCGGCGUUCCUGAUGCGGAAGGUUAAUCCCUUCAUCAUCUACAGCAGUCGAUAUUCGGUUUUGGCCAUGAUGGUCUCAUUGUUCUACUUCUCCUUCUGGGCCAUUAUGCGCGGUGCCAAUUUCGCGAGGCCCAGCGCUCUUCACCGAGUUUAUGUCCAGAUCUGGCUCUUCAUCCUCGGGUGGGCCAUGCUCGUCGCGGUCACCGUUGCCGAGGACCGCCUCAGGAUCGGUGCAGAGUACAUGUUUGUCUUCCUCGAGUCCAGCGUGUUUCUUUCACUCUUCAUUGCGCUUUGCGAGCUCUUCGCGUUGCCAAAGAAGAACGCCUGGGCCCAGAAAAUGCGAGACGAGCAGGAGGAGCGGGAUUUCCACCGGGGCCGUCUUCACAGCCCCCUCUCGUCCUCUCAAAUCCCACCCCCAGUCCCCAACCAGGAGUCAACACCCCCCGGAACGAGACACUCAAACCACACUGCAUCCACCCCGACAAUCCGAAACGAGGACGAGGACGACGACGCCGCCCCAACCGAACGCACCCCGCUCGUCGGAGGCAACGCCGACCCAACCCGCACCACCUUCGCCACCACCUACCGGCGCUCCAUCUCGGCCCUCGUCACGCGCGCCCGCCGCUACAGCGACAGCGACGGCGCCGGCUUGCACCACGACCCCUUCGAGCGCGAGCAGGCCUGGUCGGGCCGCCUGCCCUCCUGGACCUGGUUCCUGCAGUUCCUCCUCCUCGGGCCCUUCACCAUCACCCUCGCCGCGCAGACCGCCCUCAUGCUCGUCGAUGCCGUCCACCAGACGGGCGCAGACGGCAGCAGCCUGCUGAUGCCCUACCUGAUUGCCGCGCUGGGCGUGGUGCUGUUGCUCCUGCCGCUGGCGCCGUUCGUGCACCGCGUCUCGCACCAUGUGCCCGUGUUCUUGGCGGCAGUGUUUGCGGCCACGUUGGUGUAUAAUCUGGUGGCGUUUCCGUUUUCGGCCGCGGCUAGGUAUAAGGUGUAUUUUGUGCAGGCGGUGGAUUUGGAGACGGAUGCGAAUCGCGUGUGUUAUCAUGGUGUGGAGGAGUAUGUCAGGGCGGUGGUUGACUCGCUGCCCUCGGCCUCGGGGAGGGACGUGGACUGUGCUGGGGGGUCGAAGAAGGCGGGGCUGGUCAGCUGCUGCUUUGAUGGCGUGGCUACGCCGCCGCGGCUUACUGCUGGCGCUUCUGGUGGCAGUGGUAAGCACGAAGAGGAGGGGUAUGGGCAUCUGGUGGCGGUCAAUGCCUCGCGCACUGGGGAGCAUGCCGCGAGGAUUGAGAUUGUCGCGAACAACACCAAGGCCUGUUUCCUGGAGUUUGAAAAGCCCGUGUCGGGCCUGAGCGUGCAUGGCAGCUCGGGAUGGGACGAGCGCUUCGGGCAGUACCCGGACGCGGGCGUGAAAAAUGUCCGGUUGUGGCAUCGCCGGUGGGAUGAGAAGUGGGUGGCGGAUGUGCAGUGGAAGGAUGCCGAGGGAGAGGCGGCUUCUUCGUCUUCAUCUUCGUCUUCGUUUUCUGACGGAGAUUGGGAGGUGCUGGGCGAUGAGGAUUUGAGGAAGCGUGCGGAGGGGUUGAAGGGCACGGUCGUCUGUAUGUGGAGCGAUGCGAAUGUCCCGGGAACGAUACCGGCGCUGGAUGAGGCGCUUCGGUUUGUGCCGGCGUGGGUGGCGGUUACGAAAUUGUCGGAGGGGUUGGUGGAGGGGAGAAGGCGGUUUGAGGUGUGA